UUCUCCACUUCGCUACUUUGUCAAAUCAAGGCAGCUGCAAGGAACAUUUAACUUGUCCCUCGUAGCUUUCAUCCUCUCUCUUCCAAGCCAAACCCCUUCCGUCUUUUGACUAUGUAUCUUCCCUUCAUGUUCCUCUGUCUUCAUCAAACUCAAAAUUCUAUCUCCUCCUGAUCUUUAAUGGGUCCGCAGUACAGAAAGUUGUUGUUGUUCGACUCUAGUGAUGGUUGUAAACAGAUCUGUGAGGCAGCAGAUGAUCCGGGCGAAUGCACUGAUAAUUGCCAGAAAAUUGGAGAAUGUUUAAGAUCCUGUAAGGGAACAACUAUGGACGAUUGUGACUAUUGCUUUGAUUGCUUGGAUGCACCCACCUGCUCACCACACCACAAGCUUGGCAAGAUUGCGUUAGCAAUGAUUGUGCUAUCGGCUAUAGCUUUUGUCCUUGCUUGUUGUGUUAUCUAUGUUAAGUUCAUUAGAAAAAGAAGAAGGAGAUCAUCUUCACAGCAAGAAGAUGAUGAAGAAGAACAAAGGAUUGAGACCCGUGAUCAGCUUGUGGAUCAAGAUCAAGGUCCUGUAGUUGACCAUCCGAUAUGGUACAUCAGGACAGUAGGGUUACAACCAUCUGUUAUUAGUUCUAUCACAGUUUGCAAGUAUAAAAGUGGUGAUGGUCUUGUUGAAGGAACUGAAUGUUCUGUUUGCUUGAAUGAGUUUCAAGAUGAUGAGACUCUUAGGUUGUUGCCGAAGUGCAGCCAUGCUUUUCAUAUCCCAUGUAUUGAUACCUGGCUUAGAUCGCAUACUAAUUGCCCUUUGUGUCGUGCUCCUAUAGUCACCAAUACAGAUGAAGCAACAUCAUCACAGGCUAAUCUUGGUAAUACAAGUAGUGGAGAAGAAACCCAGAUUGAAGUUUUGGAAGAUGAUCAAGAAUCCGAUAGAGAAACGGAAGGUAGAGAUGGUGAACUAAGGAUUGUAACAGAGGAGGAAAGUCGAUUCCAGAAUGAGAAUUUGAAUGGAGAGGAGGAUGGGAUACAGCAACUGCGAAGAUCGGUUUCUUUAGACUCUCUAUCAGCUUUCAAGAUAAUUCAGGCUCUCGCUAAUGUUCUUCCUGUAGUGGAAUCUGAUAGGAAUUCAGGUGCCGGGAGGGCAGGAAUAGGAAAUGAAUCCACUAGGGAAAUUGUUCAAAACAGAGGUGUUGGAAAUCAAAACUUGAUGAAAUCCAUGGCUGCUACUUCUUUUGGGAGAUCUUUCCGAAUAGGGCCAAGUUCAUUGAAGAGGUCACUUUCCUGUAGUGGGAAAUUUUUCUUGUCAAGGGCUUGCCGGAACCGAAACUCAGGCCUUCCUUCUUGAUGGUUUUGGUCUCUUUCUUGGUUUUCUCUGUCAGGUGAGGAAAUUGAAAAUUUACAUGUUUUGAAAUCUCUCAAUCUCUCAACAAGCUGAAGAUUGGAUCAUAGGUUAUAAUAUAUAUGCGAAACAUACUGUAGUAAAAAGACAUAAAGAGCUGAAGUCUUGGACAUCACAAUGGAAAAGGAAAGUGAUCCAAAAUGGGAUCAUAUUGUGUUUUUCACUGUUUCAGUUUUCUGAAAAGAAGCGUGCAAUUAAAUUGCUGCUGCAAACCCAUCUUUAUUUAAGCAGAACAACACAUGUCAGCCAUUGUCAUGCUGCCUUCUUCUGUUA